GCUGCAGACCAUACACAGAAUACAGUGAUGCAGAAAACUAUUCCUGGCUGCUUUUUCCAGCAAAUGUAUUCUUCCCUAACUGGCAUUUCCAUGGAGAGAGACCACAUGAAGGAUCUCAGAAGAUACCUGGUGCUUAAAUAUAUCCAAUACCUCGUCCUGUCUUCUUCAAAUGCUGUCAGCACUUUUCUGGGCCUGCUGGGCAGUUCGUACGCCAUAAUCAUCCUGCAGUCCGCAAAGGUUUCGUCCAAGUCCACCGCGGUUCUCAUCUCAAGCCUGGCGAAGGCAGACAUCCUGGUUUGCAUCACGGUUGUUUCCGCGAUGGUUCUAUGGGCCUUUGAUGCGAGGGUCUCACCUCCGGCGCUCGCACCAGCUCUGCUGCAGAACCUCCUCACUGCAAACGCACACGUCAGCUGUUUGCUGCUGAGCUGCGUGGCCUGCGAGGCGUACUUGAUAACCUUCUUCCCCACAGAGUCUCGCCACUUACGGACGGUGAGAAACGCCAGACUGACAUCCAGGAUCAUCUGGAUGCUGGUGACUGCAGAGUGCGCCCUGUUCCAGACUGACGACCUCCUGAAGGCCACCGGCACUUCUGCUCCCACCCGCAGCCCUUGCGCUUUGUUGUCUCAUUUCUCCAGCACGGCCUCGGCCCUUCUCAGGUCCCUCAGUUACUUCCUGGGCAUUAUUUUAAGGAUCGUUAAUGUAUACAUCUACUACAAAAUAUUUUUUAGCAUGUCUAACAGAUCGACACUAAAAACAAAGUAGUGCGUCCUCCCCAGGGGAGGCAGCGCUGUGACACCAAACAGAAGACGCUUCAAGACAAUUUCAAACUGCUGGUUUGAGAACUGUUCAAUAACCAGGGCCAAGGCUCAUGUUUCGGCUCACGACUGAGUUUAAACCUUCCUGUCUUCUGGUGGUAUUUAGCCUUGGUUACUGGGAGGAACUUGGGGCUGAGGAGCCCCUUGGCACAAAGCUGGGCUGUGGGUACUCGAGUUGACAGCCUUAGGGCCACGUGGGUUUGCUUUGACUGUUUGCAAUCUGGAGUUUAUUCACUGUACCAGUGAAACAAAUGACAUUUCAUGAACAGUUGUAAGAACUAAGGCAACCCGAAUAUUUUUUAUAUGAAAAGGAUGUUUAGAGACUAACUCAGGGAUCCGUUGAGCCAAGAGCUUUACAGUUGUAUACUAAAGAUAUGAUCUAUAUCGCAAAAUCUGUCUAACCCAGGUGACCCACCAGACUCAGCAGGUAGGAUCGAGAGACAACGUGAGCCUCAAGCUGACCUAGCCUAGCUGGGCUUGUCCUGUGGGUGGCAUCAGCCCCACCACGAGAGUGCCCAGGACAAAUCAGGGCUGAGCUGUCACACCUCAGCGUAUACCUGGCGCUAUUCUUGGGUCCU